AUGAGCAAUCCCAGCGAGAACAACGAUGCCGACGUCCACCGAUUGGCUGCACCUGCGCCCGUGCGUGGCGGGCUGAUGACAUUCAAGAUGCGCUCGUUCGUCUCUGGCGGGACUGAGGGCACUGCGUCCAAGCCAGACGCGACCGAGGACGCUGCAAUGAUGCCGCCGCCGCAGCAGCUGCCAAAGCCUACGGGGUCGCUGCUGGGACUGGACGCCCUCGCCCGACAGAAGCGUCAGGCACAGGCACAGGCACAGGCACCACAGCAGCAGCAAUCUCAAGCCCACCGUGCUUACGGCGAUGGCGAUGGCGAUGGAACUGGCGAUGGCAGCGACCAGCAACAGCAAGCCAAGCGAGCCAGGCUCGACGACGUCGUUGAGACUACGACCACCGCCACCACCGCGACGACGACGACGACGACGACUGGCGAGCGGGGUGCACCGCAGCGUCACUAUCGUCUGCCGCAAGCUGAAACGCCGUCGCACCCGGGAGGCGUGAGCUCGAUUGCGCGCGACCGGAUGCACGAACGCCUCGACCGCGAGCGCGGGUCGGGUGGACUUGCUGUAGCCUCGUCGUCAUCAUCGUCAAGUCACUCGUCAUCAAGUCACUCGUCAGCAUCAUCGUCAUCGUCAAGCCACUCGUCGUCACGCCAUCGCAGCGACGGGCAUGAUAGCAGCCGGAGAUACGAUGACAAUCACUCGGAUCGCAGCGCCCGACGAGAGCGCGACCAUCGCGACUACCACCAACGAGACAGCGACCAUCGAGACCGGAGUCGAGACUCGGAUCGCAGUCGGGACGAGCGAGAUGAUCGUCGACGAGAUGAUAGAGAUGAUCGGCGACGAGAUGACCGCUACGCUUCCUCCUCAUCCUCUCGACGUGGCCACACUUCAAGCGUUGCCCGGAUGCAAGUGGAUUCAACGCCCCGUCCACGCUCGUACGAGCCGUCUGCUACACCAUCACGCUCGUCGUGGGAUGACAACGAGCACGGUGGCAGCAGCGCCAAGAGCACCAGCCGCUGGGACUCGGCGCCAACACCACGGAGCGAUGAUCACUCUCGUGGCUCAUCUUCUAGCUGGACAACAUCUCGUGCCCCGAGUACGCAACGCGGAGGGUUGACUGAGCGAAGUAGCAGCAGCAGCAGCAGCAGCAGCGGCAGCGGCUCGGCAACUUCCCGCGGCAACUCAUCAUCCUACCGAUCUGGUCGCGAUGACGCCCGCCAGACAGGCGGUGGAAAGUACCGUGACGAGAACGACACGAACGUGGACCGAGCAUAUGCUCAAGAAGACGGGUUUCAAGAGUGGGAGGAUGAGCAAAAGAGGCUCGAUCGCGCGUGGUAUGACAACGAAGACGCCCUCGACACCGCCGACCACGAUCCCUUUGAUGUCUCUGAAUCCUAUGUGAAAAAGAAGGAGGCCGAAUUGAUCAAUCGACAGCCCGUAAAGCGCAUGUCGGCCUUGCAGCGCUCCAUCAAUGCGGACAACGAGCGCUGGGAGCGCGACCGAAUGGUGACCAGCGGUGUGGCUGUGCGCACGGAGCUCAACCUGGACGAGCUGAUGGAGGAGGACACGGAGGCGCGCGUGCAUCUGCUCAUUCACAAUAUCGUCCCGCCCUUCCUUGACGGUCGCUUUGAUUUCACCAAGCAGCGCGAACCCAUCAUUCCGCUCAAAGAUGCCACCUCUGACAUGGCUCAAGUCUCCCGCAAAGGCAGCAAGGCCGUGCGAGAGUUUCGCGAGCGCAAGGAGCGACAGAGCGCGCAGGAAAAAUCGUGGAACAUUGCGGGCACGGCGCUGGGGAACUUGAUGGGCGCUGAAAUCAAUCGCGACAUUGCUCCGACCGUUGCUGCUGCCGCGCGUUCCGGUAUGAGUGUUGCCGAUGGAGCCGCCGCCACCAACACGGCCAUCGCUGGCGCGGCCAUCCUGUCCGCACCGCGCUCGACAACCACCGAAAGCGGGACUGCGUCCGGCGCCACCUCCAUGCUGGAAAGCGCCACCAUGUCGAGCGAGGCGACCAGCGAGUUUGCGCGCACCAAGACCAUCCGCGAGCAGCGGCAGUUCUUGCCCGUCUUUGCAGUCCGGGAACAGCUGAUGCAAGUCAUUCGCGACAAUAGCAUUGUGAUUAUUGUGGGUGAGACGGGCUCGGGCAAGACCACCCAGCUCACGCAGUACCUCUACGAGGCCGGGUUUGGCAAGCACGGGCGAAUCGGGUGCACGCAGCCGCGCCGCGUGGCCGCCAUGUCAGUUGCCAAGCGCGUGGCCGAUGAGAUGGGUGUCAAGAUUGGCUCGACGGUCGGAUACUCGAUCCGCUUUGAAGAUUGCACGUCGGACGAAACAGUCAUCAAGUACAUGACGGACGGUAUUCUGCUCCGCGAAUCGCUGCACGACAGCGACAUGGAAAAGUACUCGGCCAUCGUCAUGGACGAGGCUCACGAGCGCGCUCUCAACACGGACGUGCUGUUUGGCAUUUUGCGCAAAGUAAUGUCGCGCCGCCGCGACCUCAAGCUGAUUGUGACUUCAGCAACCAUGGACUCGGAAAAGUUCUCGACCUUCUUUGGCAACGUUCCCGUCUUUACCAUUCCUGGCCGUACGUUCCCCGUGGACGUGCUCUAUUCCAAGUACCACUGCGAGGACUAUGUCGAGGCCUCCGUCAAGCAGGCGUUAUCGGUGCACUUGCAGCAGCCACCUGGGGACCUCCUCAUCUUUAUGACAGGCCAGGAAGACAUUGAGGUCACGUGCGGCUUGCUUCAGGAGCGACUGAAUGCUCUGGGCGAGGAGGCCCCGCCUUUGGCCAUCCUGCCCAUCUACUCGCAGCUGCCGAGCGAUUUGCAGGCGAAAAUCUUCCAAAAGACCGACAACCAGCAGCGCAAGUGCAUUGUCGCCACAAACAUUGCUGAAACGUCGCUCACU